AUGAACAGACUGAACCGUGUCGACCCAUCAAGCAAGUCUCCAAACGACGACCUUGAUUUUGGCCCAGAGACCUUCAAUUCCAGAGUCUUCGCCUCCUCAUGCAGCACUUCGAGAGCCAUCACCAGAGCCUCCAGCGAUUCCCCGAGAGCCACACGAAAGCCAUAUCUGUACCACACUACAUACAGUCACAUGCCGGCUAAGUCUCAGCCACACCACAGCUAUACGAAAGCCACAUCUCUACCACACUACAGUCACAUGCCAGCUAAGUCUCAGCCACACCACAGCUAUACGAAAGCCACAUCUCUACCACACUACAGUCACAUGCCAGCUAAGUCUCAGCCACACCACAGCUAUACGAAAGCCACAUCUCUACCACACUACAGUCACAUGCCAGCUAAGUCACAGCCACAUCACAGCUACACGAAACCCACAUCUCUACCACACUACACUCACAUGCCAGCAAAGUCUUAG